CUCUCAUUCUUCUUCCAAAGCUGUAGGUGGAAACAUGUCUUCAGCGGUCAAACCGGGGCGAGCAUCCGUUAGCGGCAGUUUCUGCCUGACCCUGCUGACACUUAGCUUUCCGAUCCCAGGGAUAAUUGCCACUGUUCACGUUUCUACACCACCUAUACUGGAGGCAGAGAUCAAGAAAUCCAUCAGCAUCCCAUGUGUUCCAGAGAUUUCCACCCCAGACUCAAUGAAAUAUGUUCAGUGGUUUGUUAUGGUGAAGAAUCAGCGCCAACGAAUCUAUUUUCAAGACAUGGACAUCAGGAAUAUUGACCCUAAAACUGACUACACUCAUCGAAUCAGUGUGGAUGAGAACUACACCCUGACCAUCAAGCCCGUCGAGGUCGAGGAUGCACGGGUAUUUUUCUGCCAAGUUGGUGCAGGUCCUGUAGGCAAUGGUGAAGCUGCAACAGAGCUCAGGGUUUAUGGUGCACCAGACGUGCCUGAGAUACAUAAAAAUGAAAUAACCAUAUCAGUAAUGGACAAAAGACCAGCAGAGCUAGCUCGUUGUGUCGCUAGGAAUGGUUACCCUGCUCCCAAUAUCACUUGGUACAAAGACCGCACCCCAAUUCAUCUCGUGCCUCAGACAGAGCAAAAGGUACACGCGAUAUUUCAGUCAACACAAGAAGCCAGUGGCCUUUAUACCAUCAGCAGCACACUUUAUUAUCUGCCUGAGAAAAAGGACAAAGAUUCCAAGUUUUACUGUGAGGUGAGCUACAGGAUGCCACGAGGAGUGGACAAGAUGAAGGAGUCUAAAAAGAUCAACAUCUCAAUAACGUAUCCAACAGAGAAUGUGGAAUUUCUGAUUCACCCCAGUGUGUUGAAGGAGACAGACAACAUGACCAUGGAAUGUCACUCCGAUGGCCCAUCUACUGUUGAAUAUACCUUUUUACAAAGAGCAGGUGAGGAGCAUUAUGGGGGCAGGACUGUGUCUGCAACUCUUAAGCCUAAUCUGUAA